AUGCCUAUGCUCUUUCUCGUUGUUGGCUUUUCCCUUCUGUUCGUAUUCGCCCUUAGGUGUAUAACUUUCAAGUAUUUUGAGAAGAAUUUGUGGAUUAAAAGAGAGUGGAGGUUACUUGAUGCUCUUUCAGAAGAUUUCCGCAAAGCAUAUCGUACAGUGAAUCAGAUCAAAGAAAAGGCCAAGCAAGUGUGGGACUCCGAGCUCAAUAUUGGAGGAAUAACUCUAACUUUGAGUGAGGCCGAGACGCGUUGGCUUAAAAAAGCAGGAAAAGUAGGCCUUUGUGCCAAAAAAUGGGCUCAGGAUUUGGAGAAACUACUAAAGUUGAAAAGAGAUGGGGGUGUUGCAAAAAGCUUUGUUUUGGUCAUCCGAAACGUAGGAGAUAUUUUCGAGCUUGCUUAUGGGAUUUUCAGAACGAAGGGAGAGAUCACGAUCAAGACUAAAAUUUCCAAUGGAAUUUUCAGAACAAAGGGAGAGAAGACAAUCAAAGCUGAGUUGCAGGAGGUUGUGAAAAAAAUAAACUUCACUAAUCACAUCAUAAAAUCAGUUGAGGAAUCCAGGACUAAACUUAGCAGACUGCAAGAUCGGCCCAUUGAGGAGACAGAGCAUCUGGGUUAUGUCCCUGCAAUGCUGCAUGUUGGUCCAGUGGUUCCUUUUGUCUUGGAGCGCAUGAUUGAUGAGACUCCAAAUCAUUUGAUACGUGGGAAAAAUAUGGUGAAAAAAACAAGAUCCAUUCUCCUACAAAUGCAACUACUUGAGCCUUACAUGAGAGACUUGCGAGGGAUGACAAUGGAAAGUAACAUUGAAAAGGUUUGGGUGGAGGAAGCUAUGGAAAUGAAUAUCCAAGUACGCAAUGAGAUAAAUGUUUUCUUACAAGAGGCCUCAAGUCAAAAACAGAACUUUUUCAGCGAUUGGAUUAUGAGGCAUAAGCUCAAGCAGAUUGUGAAGCGUGUAGAUAAAGAGUUAACUCAUCUUCUUCAGUUGAAAGAGACAUAUGGUUUUAAUUUCAUCAGAAGAGUCCCGUCGAAGGGCUAUGCCCGCAUGAUCAGGCCGCUUUCCACACAACAAAGGGGCAUUAAGGUUCUUAUGGAUGACAUUCAGAGCCAGCUGCGCAUGGUCAAUGAACGUAGCCAGAUAUCAAAAGGAUUAAGAGAAGGUUUGUGUGAUGAAUUUGGUUCAGUUUGGAGCAAGUUGAGCAAUCUAGAAGCAAAUGAAGGUGCGACCAAUACGAGGAUGGCUUGCUUCGAAAUAUUGAAGAAAAUGCUGGUGAAUACGCAACAAUUAUUGGAAGAUGAUCGAGAAGCAACGAAUGUGUCAAGGGGAAUAGCUAGUUUAAAGCUGUUGAAGUUAAUGGCUCCUUAUUCGGAAGAAUCACGACAGACAAAGCAAUUGAUGGACACUGCCAAGCUUCUUAAUAAAUGCAUACACUCAUAUAAAAUCAAGGUGAUGGAUGAAUCAUGCUCUGUUUUCGGCCUUGAAGAAGACAUACACAAACUUGUUUUGAAGCUAACUGACACUAACAACAAUGAUAAUGCACUGAUCAUUUCCAUAGUUGGUAUGAGAGGCAUAGGUAAGACUACUCUAGCUAAGAUUAUCUAUAAUCAUAGAUACAUUAUCAACCGAUUCGAAGAGCGUGUUCUGGUUUCCAUGCGCAAGGAGUACUACUCUGACCACAAUCUACUUCUCAAAGGCGUUGCAAACCAGAUCAUGGGGACAAACGAAGAAAGCUCUGAAAGUCAAUAUUGGAUUGAAAAGAUAAGAAAUUUCUUAAGGGUCAAGCGCUGCCUUAUAGUUCUUGAUGAUCUUUCUUCCGUGGAAGCUUCGGAUUAUUUACUUAAAGAAGUCUUUGAAUGCAGAGAAAUGGCAAAAAAAGGAAGCAAGAUUGUGCUCACUACACGUAGCAAAGAUGUAGCUGUACUUAGUACUAGCAUCCACAAUCUUCGAUUGAGAACUAAAGAAGAAAGUUGGGAGCUUUUCACCCAAAUGAUCCAAUGUCCUGCUGAUCCUGAAGUUAAGUCUCUAGCAGAGAAAGUGGUAGCGAGGACUGGUGGUUUGCCACUGGCUAUUUUACGCCUGGGAUAUCUCUUGUCAGGAAAAAAAGUGAGCUGUGAUGUUUUGUCAAGAGUGCUUGUUCGUGUAUCUCAAGGAGAUCAAAACAAAGCACCAUGGAUUGAGAUCAGAGAUGUGAAUAAAUCCCAGUACUUGCGGGGGCAACCAAGUACUGAUUUUGAUAAAUGUCUUUCUUACUUCGAGUUGUUCCCUUGGGAUUUUGAAAUCCCAGUAAGAAGAUUGGUUGCUUUGUGGGUUGCAGAAGGAUUAGUGGGAGAGACAAUUCAUGAUGAGAGGGCCUACGAAUUUGUUUAUGAGCUCAUUGAUCGAAAUAUGAUCCAAAUUGUGAAGAAAAAGAAUAAUGGGAAAGUUAAGACGUGUCGCUUUCCUAGUAUCUUAAGAGAAGUUUGGUUGCAAAACAGACGACAGGACAAGAAUUCUCUGUCUUGGUCAUUGUAUACCAGUUUCGAUAGGCAAGUUGCUUAUCAUUUUGACGAUAAAGAAGCCAGCCAUGAUGGCGGAACUCAUGGUCUAGACUCGGAGACUGUUUCAAAACAUGAUGGAUAUCCUUUCUCCAUUGUGGUCUUUGAUAAUCGACAAGGAUCAUAUCCUGGUAAAGAUAUACGUAGCUUUUUGAUCAAGGGCAUUCAAAGUGGACGCUUCCAAGGCUUGGUGGUUCUUGAUCUUGAAGGUGUAUGUGGACCUAACUUGUCUCGCGCCUUAAAAAAACUCAAGAAGCUCAAAUAUCUAGGCCUUAGACGGACUGAGCUAAAGACUCUUCCAUCAUCAAUAAGCCAGUUGGUGCAUCUCGAGACUCUAGAUUUGAAACAUACUCAUCUCGAAAAAGUUCCAUCUUCAAUUUGGAAACUGAAGAAACUUCAACGUUUGUACUUGGACAGGAGUUGUAGACUUCACUUUAAAGGUAUUUUCAUGCCAAAUCUGCAGAUCUUAUCUGCCUUUUUGGAUCAUGGUCAAGGCAAGAAUAUUGCUUUAAUGAACGAGCUACACAAGUUGAGCAACCUUAGAAAAUUGCGAUUAACACUAAUCCAAUGGACAGAGCCACAACAACAGCAAUUAGCGACAUGCCUUGGAAAAUUGACUCACCUAAUCUCUUUGAGUUUGAAAUCAGUUGACGAGAACAUGUCGCCUCAAGAACUAGUGUUGGGAAAUUGUUUGAAAGAUCUUACCAAUCUUUCUAAACUAUAUUUGUCAGGAAAGUUAAUAAAGCUGAAUAGUAACGUCACUGAACUACCAAAAAGCCUUGUUGAAGUUACGUUGGCAAAAUCUCAACUCUCAGGACCAGAAAGCUUGGUACUAAUGAGGAAGUUAGCAAAACUUCCACUGCUUAAUCUUCUUCAUUUUAGGUCUAACGUUUGUUGUGUACCAAAAAUGGCCUUCCCUAAAAAGGGGUUUCCCCAGCUUCUGGUUAUGAAAUUAUGGGAUCUAGAUCAGCUGGUUGAACUUAAAGUAGAGGAAGACACAAUGCAAAAACUCCGAGAGUUAGAGAUUAGAUGCGGGAAGUUGGAAAAGACCAUUGGAUUGACGCACUUAAAAAAUCUUCAAGAAUUGAAGUUAACAGACAUUGGUGAAGAACUCGUACAAGCCAUCGAAAAUGAUUUUUUAGCAGCUAAUAACAUUAUUUAUUUUACGAGCAUAAUUAGAUUAAUUCACACAAGUAGCAAUUUAAUUUGA